AUGAAGCUUGCCUCUGCUCUUCUUUUUGCCUCAGGCGCCGCAGCGGUAGCCGUAGUUGGGAGGGACGUCGACGAGCCUCUCGCAGGCCGCAUCAUCGACUCAUGGAUUCUCAACAACAACGAGGCCCAGCGUGAUUAUUGGUAUGGGCGCGCCGCUCUUUACACCGGUGUCGAGGCCGUCUACGAGCUCACCAAAAACGAGACCUUGCUCGCUUGGUAUCGCUCUCGCAUCGACGGCCUCGUCGUCACCGAGAACGGCACUAUCCCCGGCUUCCGCACCGAUCACUAUUCUCUCGACGACUAUCGCAUUGGCCGUAACAUCCUCUACUGGUAUCAACGCACCGGGGAGGAGAAGUACAAGAUCGCCGCCGAUACUAUCCGCGGUAUGCUCGAAGGGCACCCCAGAACCCCUACGGGUGGUUUCUGGCACCGCUCACCCACCUACAAGAACCAGAUGUGGCUAGAUGGCAUCUAUAUGGCCGAUACCUUUUACGCCCACUACACGUCCAUCUUUGACGCGGAUAACACCACCGCCUGGGACGAUAUCGUCCUUCAGUGGGACAAGAUCGAAGAAGCUCUCCGCGACCCUGAGACUGGCCUGCUUUUCCACGGCUUUGAUGAGGGCAAGGAGGCUGUCUGGGCCAACUCUGAGACGGGAGCCUCACCACUCGUCUGGAACCGCGCCGUCGGUUGGUACUUCAUGUCCCUGAUUGAGGUCCUCGAUCUCUUUCCCAAGGAACACCCCGGCUACAAGCGUCUUGUCGGCUACUACACCUCGCUUGCCGCCGCCCUCAAGCGCGCACAGGACCCCGAAUCCAACGGUUGGUGGCUCGUCAUGAACGAACCCUACCCCGGAAUGGAGCGCAACUACUUCGAGAGCUCUGCAGCCGCCAUGUUCACCUGGGGUUGGCUCGCCGGGCUGCGUCUCGGCUAUAUCGACGAGGCCACUUACCUCGAGCCCGCCACAAAGGCCUACACGCACCUUGUCACCGACUUCGUCACUAAGAACUGCAACGGCACUGUCACGUGGACUGCUACCGUUCAGUACUAUGUUGGUAUUCCUACCGUUGACAACGACACCCGUGGUGUCGGUCCCUUUCUCCUCGCCGCCUACGAGUGGGAGCUUCGCAACAACAUCUCUGCAUAG